AUGUAUCUCAUUUAUAUUCUACGAUUAUUGUUACUGUUUGGAUCCACAAUUGAAGCGUCUCAUUUUCGUGGUGGUACAAUUACUUGGAAACCGAUUAGUAAUAACAUCACAGCCGGUAGUACAGUUUCGAUUGUUAUUACUCAAACAUACAGUUGGACAGGCUCCGUAAUUACAUGCAAUAAUAGUAUGAUUGCUGAUCAAUCACCGCCUAUUAAUAUAGGAACGAAAGCAGGUGCUGGAGUCAAUUUAACAUGUAGUGCUAAUUGUUCAACAUCAGGUGGCUAUGUUGGUAAUGAAGUACCUAUUACUGGCUAUUGUACUGAUUUUUCUACUGCGCUUGACUUAACAGUGAGUCAGCGAUCCGAUAUAGUCAAUCUUACUAGUGGAGCUUAUUUCGUUGCGACUUUUGCUACUAGUGGAGGAUGGCAAACAUUAGCAUUAGGAAAUUCAGCUGGUUGGAGUCUUUCAUCUUUAAUUGACAUACGUCUAAGAUCGGACAAUGGACUAAUUAAUACACCACCUGUAGCUACAUGUAUUUCAUAUCUAAGUAUACCUGUUAAUGUUCAACAAACAAUUCAAAUCCCAGUUCUUGAUGCAGAUAAUGAUUAUCUUCGAUGUCGAUUUGCAAAUGGAACAUCAGAAUGUGCCUAUGCUUGUCCGCCAGGAUCAUUGCCAACGGGUACAACUUUAUCUACGUCUUGCGCUCUCACGAUCACUGGAAUCACUGCCGGCGAUUAUUAUCUUGUUGCCAUACAGGUCGAAGAUUUUAUAACGAAUACCAGUGCGACUCCAUUGAGUUCUGUUUCACUUCAAUUUUUGAUUUAUGUUUAUGCAACGACAACGUGUACACUUAAACCUCUUUUAUUAGCUGAUAUCAAUAGUGGUGUUUGCCAAGGUGUACAAGUCGGUGUCAAUUUUACAAUGACAUUUACAGCUGUAAAUCGUUGUGGUAGUGAACGAACAAUCAUUGACAUCGCUACUUUAUCUUUUCCUAUUAUUAUCAAGAGUACACUUGUUCAGAAUACUGCCAAUGCAUCAUUAUGGUCAAUGAAUAUGUCAUGGAUUCCCACGGCUAGUCAAGUUGGUUCACAAGUCUUUUGUGCUAUUGCAAGUGAUAAUGCAAGUGUUCAAUCAGAUCAGUACUGUAUAACAUUUUUUGUUGGUCUCACAAGUAUUCCAUUAUGUCCAGGAGUGACUACUGCAUCAACAACAACAACAACAACAACAACAACAACAACAACAACAACAACAACAACGAUAACAACGACGCAAACAUCAACCACUUUAAUGGAUGAGACAUCACAGCAGAACUUACAAAAUUCAACAGAAGCUAUUACAACGAUGAAUAUCACAUCAUCAGCGAAUGUAGAAACAAGUAUGCUAAUAAAUUCAUCUGUAUCAUCAUCAACUGUUAAACCGAACAAUACAAUUAAUUUACCAUUAAUUAUUGGCCUAUCAUUGCUAGGAUUAGCUUUGGCUGUAUGUUGUUCGAUUUGUUGUUGGUGGUUUUUAUUUGGUUGUAAACGUCGUCGACAACGUCGAAAAACAAGCGAUGACUUGGAAUACUGCUUUGUACGGAGUCCAACAAAUGGAAAUUCUCAUCGACAACUUUUCAGCGGAAAAAAUCAACAUGAAAAAAAUGAACUAAGACAAGGUAGCAGUGUCACAGUCGUCAAUUAUCCACCAAUAUCAAGCGAUGUUACUGUUACUAGAAUUAAUCAAAGAGAUAAUACACCUAUUGACAAUAAAGACAAUGUAAGAAGCAAGCAAUUAUCUGGAAAAUCUAUCGAUUCUCUACAUUACUCAAAUUCAUCUGCAUAUGCACAAGGAAUCGAUCGACAAGAUAAUAUAACAAAGACAUCAAAUAAUAAUUUUGUGCAUAUUCGAUCUGCUUUACAAGAUUCUUCUGAUUUAAUAACUUUUUCGUCUUCUUCUGCACCAACAUCAGCAAAAAAGAAUCAUUUUACUUUUAUGAAACUUCCUCGACUUACUAAAUCAUCGAUCGAACCGCAUUCAUCAACAUCAAUUAUUGACAAUAGAACACAAUCGAACGAAAUCCAACGCAGUGAUUUUAAUAAUUCAAAAGAAAACAAAAGAACUCGACAAGCUCUAUCGAGUGUUUCUGUUCGUCGAAUAAAACGAUCGUCAUCAGCUGGUCCAAGUCCAAGCACUCAUAUAAUUCCACGUGGUAUCAUAGUUUCAUCGCAUGCAAAUCUAAAUCGAAUUACAGUCACUAACUUCAAAUAA